ACCAGGAAACCUCGCCACCCCCGCGUCAUUUUCAUACUCUACAAUUUACCUUCUCUUCUGUUAAUAUCUACAUCUAAAUCUAAAUCUACAUCUAACAUUGGAACGCCUGCAUGACUUGAUAAUCGUAUUCUCCACUUCCUAUCCAUAUUCUUUUUUUUUCAAAUAUACAUCAAUCCCGCCACACUCCUACACCCACUCCAACACAACCUCGUCAUACCUCCCAAAUCCUGGCUAUAAUUAAAGAGCUCAUCCCUUCAUCAUCUUUUCUCUCUUGCCAUCAAUUAUAAUCCCGCGCUUAUUUUACCUAAUCCAGUAUUCAAGGGCGGAAAAUAAAAAAAAAAACUAAAAAACUAAAAAUAAAAAAAACGGUCGAAAUUUGAGAGAGUGUCUAGUCAACCAGCCAACCAGUCAACCGUUCCACCCAUCCACAUUUCUAGCCUAGGGCAUCCAUACCAACCCCUGUAACUCCCCCUCACUGCACCCGUGUAUCCCCCGAUGGACCUCUUGGCCGCAUACGAGUCGUGGACAGCGGGCCUACCGGCGGCAAUGUUCGACCGUCGAGACGGUGCCAUCAACCAAGCGUUGAAGUUCACCAAUCGUCAGGUGUACGUCCAACGAGUGCUUGCCAUUUCCGCGUCCACGACCUCCAUCGUCUUCUGUCUAGCGGCGCUCUAUCUGUUUGGGGCAAUUGACCCUCGUCGAAUUGUUUUCCGCCAUCAUUUGAUUUUCUUCCUCAUCGUUUACGAUUUUAUCAAGGCUGUCAUCCUUUUACUUUACCCGGUACGGGUUCUUACCACCGACUCCGCCUACUACAACAACGAGUUCUGUCAAGUGGUUGGCUUUUUCACCGCCACCUCGGUUGAAGGGGCAGAUUUGGCCAUUUUAGCGUUUGCUGUCCAUACAUUCCUUCUUAUCUUUAAAACGUCCUUCACGGUACGUCUCACCUCUGGCCGGACCGAAGGUGGGUUAUACUUGUACCGGAAGUAUGUCUAUGUGGCCUCGGUGCUUAUCCCAUUGGUUUUGGCCAGUUUGGCGUAUGUCAAGGGUAAUGGUUACAACUCAUAUGUUUGUUGGUGUUCCCUUCCACAACGUCCUGUUUGGUAUCGAUUAGUUCUUAGUUGGUUACCUCGAUAUAUCAUCAUUGUGACCAUUUUGGUUGUAUAUGUGAUGAUUUAUUUCCAUGUGAUUCGAGAAUUUAAAACGUUGGGUGGUGUUUUCAAAACCAUGAAAAGAGGCCAAAUUGAUGAUAAACCAACGUUUUUCUCUGCCUUACGAUAUUCAAUGAGAUCUCUUUUCAAUUAUCUUAUGGUGGAAUUGGUCUUCCCCGAUAAAACCACUCAACUGGAAGGUAAUACCAGAUCUCCCCGUUCACCAUCUCCAAAUGAAAAUUCAAUUGGAAUAAAUAAAAAUGAACUUGUUAAACAACUUCUGAGACAGCUGGUUCUGAUUCAACGACAAUUUCUGGAAAAAGUAUCAAAUGAAAACAAUAGAGGAGAUCAAGAGCUUGAUGAUGAUGAUGAUGCUGUGCAUGAUCAUGGCUCUCCAACAGGUCUUGGUUCAUCUUCUUCUUCUUCAGACAAUUGUAUCAAACCAGACUUGUACGAGGAAAACUUGGCAAAUUUCCGUAAACGACAGAAAAUCAUUGAAAAGCAAAUGAAAUCCAUUUUCAUCUAUCCAUUGGCAUACAUUUUCCUUUGGCUUUUCCCCUUCAUUCUCUAUGUCACUCAGAUUAAUUAUGAACAAACCCAUGCGCCGAUCUAUUGGCUCAAUUGUAUGGGGGCGUUCAUGCAACCAUUGAAUGGAUUUGUUGAUUCAUUGGUAUUUUUCUAUCGAGAAAUCCCCACCGAAUAUACCAUUAUGAAAAACUUUGAGAAGCAACAUGGUCAUACCAUGGCCAAUCUCGUGCAUGUGAGUCAGGAUUCCGACUCCAUUGCCACCUCGGCCAUUCUCAAUAAGCAAAGUGUCAGCAUUAGUUUGGCACAAGAUUUGUCAGAAUAUUCCAAAUGGAGACAAUGGCUCCAUUGGUUGCGAUUCCCCUUGUAUGAACUCCCCUCGGAGAACAAUGUAGCCAAAAUCCAUGACAAGUAUAUGAACCAUGCCAUCCGUCUGCAGAGUUCAGGCCAUCGCUCUGGAAGUGGUGUCGCUGGAGGCACUAAUCUGAUAGUUGCGGGUUCUAAUCAUUCAAACACAAAGCAUCGUGUUCAAGAUGGAGGAGGCCCUUCUUCUGGUGGCUUACAACCAUUUGGCCACGAUUUCUCAAAUGUUUUAAGUGGGAAUGUCCCUGAAAAGGAGUAUAGAACAAAUUUGGAUCAAUUCCUGAUGAAUUUUUCUCAUCGGGUUUCCGUUACAUCCAGUGGUAGCAAACGUACUAGUCGUCUGGGAAAAACAAGACAACAAUCAAUAAUAGAUCCCAACGUAAUUGUGGAAGGUGAAGUUUACCUGAGACAACCCAGCACCUCCACGUCCGUUGCAUUAAAUACUCCAAAGAAAACCAAUCCUACUAGUGGAAGAUCUUCAGCUACCCUUACAGAUGACGAUGAUAUGGAUUUUAUGGAGUUUUUACAAAAAGGACCAGGUUAGUCCAUAAACAAAAAAAAUUAUUUAUAUUAAUGAAAGUACUUUUAGA